AACUGUGCAGGUUUAAAAACGAAACUCGGGACAGUGCUUAACUCAAAAUAAACUAAAUAAAAUAACCAAGCCAACCGAGUGCCCAGUGCUGAUUCCUGCUCUUUGCUCGCGUGCCAUGCGUGACCUCGGCACCAAAAUGGCCGAGCUAAAAUUCGAGGCUCCCCUGGCAAAGUUCGAGGAGACAGAUGAGUGGGGCGGCUGCGACUUCAUCUCUAACCAGAACGCCCUCAAUGACACGCUUAACCUGAACCUGAAGGAGGUCAGUGUGGGCAGAAAGCCAGAUGCCUCCAAGCUUCGCCUCCUUGAAGAUGCGGUCCGUGACGCGCAUAUCAGCAAGAACGGCGGCGUCGGCAGUAGCGCCGGGACCAUCAGUCCCAAUUGCAAUUCUUUGUUGAGCGGAUCCGUCACCGAUCUGGGCGUCUCCGACGCGGGCCUGGUGCCUGGCGACGGAGAGGUGCUGGACAAGCCGUCGGCGGCCCAAGGGGAUCAUGUGGACAACUUCACAGAGACAUUCGGCGGCAGCCUGGAGGAUCUGGUCAACACGUUCGACGACAAGAUAACUAAGUGCUUCGGCAACUACGAGGAGAACGUCGAGGAGCUGGCCCCGGUGCAGGUGCGCAGCCAGGAGGAGAUCAUGAAUGAAUGCCAAAUGUGGUGGACCAUCACUGGAAACUUUGGAAACAUUCUGCCAAUCGACUGGUCCAAGUCGUAUACCCGUCAGAUGCACAUGCCCACACUCAACCUGGGCCAGAAUCACACAAAGCAGCAGCAGCAGCAGCAGCAUCAGCGCAAUCAGCACCAGCUCCAGAAACACCAGCACUCGUAUCCACACACUCCAGGCGGCGACGAGUUUAACGAUCUGGCCAGCGAGGACGAGGCGGUAGCUAACGACUUGGACAUGCACGCGCUGAUCCUGAACGGCCUGAACGGGGACAUCGACGACCAGCCCAUCAAGACGGUCGAGGAGGUCAUCAAGGAGAUUGACGACAUCAUGGACGAGGCGGAGAGUCCCUUGGAUGAGCCCGACACCUGCGAGUCGGAGGUCAUAGAGAAGGCUCGCGAAGUGCUUGGGGCGCCCCUGUACGCAGAAAAGCUGCAAUAUCUCAGCACAACACAGUUGAACGAGCUGUACAUGGAGAUGGAGGUGCUGAUCCAGGAACUGAGCGAGACCCUGAUCAACGAGCUGGCGCUGCGCGAUGAGCUCGAGUACGAGAAGGAGCUAAAGAACUCAUUCAUCUCCCUGCUGCUGGCCGUGCAAAACAAGCGUCGACAAUACCACGUUGAGAAGAAGCGUGGCAAGUUCCAGGGUCCCGAGCCCAAAUACUUGACCACUGUUAUUCCGUAUCACCUGGAGAAUGGUACGCCCAACAAUCAGUCCCUGCAGGUCCUGAUUAAGAUACUCAAGGCCAUAAAUGAAGACAGCCCCACGGUGCCGGCUCUUCUCACGGACUACAUACUGAAGGUUCUCUGCCCCACAUAAGCGAUGCAACUGCUAAGGAACCCAAUCUAUCGCUUUAUCUCUCUGUCUGUGUUUAUACAACUAUACCGUAAAUCUAUAUACAUACAUACGUGCAUAUAAAUAUUAUAAUUUAACGAUUAGAUUUUAUUCUAAACGAUUAUUUUAAUUGCUAUCCGUUUCUGCAAACACUUUCUCAGCCAAUGAAAAUGCUUAGAAGAUAGCCGAUGAGAUUUCCAUAUAUAGAUCAAAUAUGUAACAAAUAUGUAACACAUGUAACACAUACAUACAUACAUAUAUAGACGUAAAUAUCGAAUUAAAUAUUUGCGGAAAGUGUGCUAGACAUAAUUGGCCAGUCCUCGCCACGGCGACUAUUCUCACUUCUCUCGAAUUGAAUCCGCUUGGAAUCCUCUACAGCCAGUAAUAUUUACACUAAAUCGAGUCAUAUUGUUAGAGAGCAGAUUCCAACUAAGCUUAAUAUAUUUACAAAUAUACACAAAUGUAUCUUUAUGUCUAAGGAGGGGAGUGGCAAACUAUCUCUAUUUCACAGAUUGCACAGAUCACAGAGAUCGCAGAGAUUGCAGAGAUUGCAAAGAGGAUGUAUAUACUUAUAAACUUAUUGCUUAGUUCAUAUUGAUUCUCGUUGUAUUGAUCGAUCCAAGCGGGACUCUCGUUGUCCGGCAGCAAAUCCCUAGCCUAGCUUGUACCAUAUGUA